CUGGAAAGCUGUAUUGCCUUUGGUGCUGAAGCUCAAAAGACAACCCUGGUUUCACAAUGGGCUCCAUCGGUGCAGUGAGCACAGAAUUUUGUUUUGAUGUAUUCAAGGAGCUGAAAGUCCAGCAUGUCAACGAAAACAUCUUCUACUCCCCCCUGAGCAUCAUUUCAGCCCUGUCCAUGGUCUAUCUGGGAGCAAGAGAAAACACCAGGGCUCAGAUAGAUAAGGUGGUUCACUUUGAUAAAAUCACAGGAUCUGGAGAGACCAUUGAAGCCCAGUGCGGCACAUCUGUAAGCGUCCACACUUCACUUAAAGACAUGUUCACCCAGAUCACCAAACCAAGCGAAAAUUAUUCAGUCGGCUUUGCCAGUAGACUUUACGCUGACGAGACAUACCCAAUCAUCCCGGAAUACUUACAAUGUGUGAAGGAACUGUAUAAAGGAGGCUUGGAAAUGAUCAGCUUUCAAACAGCUGCAGAUCAAGCCAGAGAGCUCAUCAAUUCCUGGGUUGAAAGUCAGACAAAUGGAAUGAUCAAAAAUAUCCUUCAACCGGGCUCUGUGGAUCCCCAGACUGAAAUGAUCCUUGUCAAUGCUAUUUACUUCAAGGGAGUGUGGGAGAAAGCAUUUAAGGAUGAAGACACCCAGGCAGUGCCUUUCAGAAUGACUGAGCAAGAAAGCAAACCUGUGCAGAUGAUGUAUCAGUUUGGUUCAUUUAAAGUGGCCGCGAUGGCUGCAGAGAAAAUGAAGAUCCUGGAGCUUCCAUACGCCAGCGGAGCGCUGAGCAUGUUGGUGCUGUUGCCUGAUGACGUCUCUGGCCUGGAGCAGCUUGAGAGUGCAAUCACCUUUGAAAAACUCAUGGAAUGGACCAGUUCUAAUAUGAUGGAAGAGAAGAAAAUUAAAGUGUAUCUGCCCCGCAUGAAGAUGGAGGAAAAAUACAACUUCACAUCUGUCUUAAUGGCCUUGGGCAUGACCGACCUGUUCAGCUCAUCAGCCAAUCUCUCCGGCAUCUCUUCAGCUGACAGCCUGAAGAUGUCUGAAGUUGUCCAUGAGGCAUUUGUGGAAAUCUAUGAAGCAGGCAGUGAGGUGGUAGGCUCAACAGGAUCCGGGAUGGAGGCUGCAAGUGUGUCUGAAGAGUUUAGGGCUGACCAUCCUUUCCUCUUUUUGAUCAAGCACAACCCAACCAACAGCAUCCUCUUCUUUGGCAGAUGCUUUUCCCCUUAAAGACAAGAAAGCUGAAGGAGUUUCCAUCCCUCAUUGCAAGACCCAAAGCGCUGCAGUAUCAAGGGUAAAAAGAAAGGCAUACAUCUUUCAUCUGUAUUUUCUAAAUCCUGAAGGAUUUCU